AUGAGGUUAUCACAACUUGUAUCAAGUAUUCAACUAUCACAUCAACUUUAUCACAGAAGCAAAUUUGUAUUCUCGCCAAGUGUAAAUGGUUUACUAUCAUCAGUCCGUCGCUAUUGCAGCGAUGGUGAUGGUAAAGACAACAAACAAGGAAGAAAGCUUAAUUCAACUGUACCAUUGAAUAAUUCAGCAAUUAAAUUAUUGCUCAAGGAAUUGUAUAAAGAUAAUGGAUUUAAACAUAAAUUAAAAGUUCAUAAAAUUGAAGAUGAUUUGCUUGCUAAAGUCGCUCGGAAGUUCCGCAGUAAAGCUAUCUCUAAAAAUAAUCGUGAAUUAAAUGAAACAUUCAUCCGCGUACGUAAUGGUGAAGAUAAGGUGAUGGCGCUUUGGCCUUAUUUUUUAAAAUAUGCUAAAAAAGAAUACCCUUUAAUCGGUUGUAUUAAGGAUCUAUUAUAUCAUAGUAACUUUCGUUCUCCUGUAUCUUGGUACCAAGAAGCUAGAAAUAUCGCUCCGCGUAAAAUUAUUUACCAUGCUGGUCCGACGAAUAGUGGAAAAACGUAUCAUGCAUUGCAUAAAUUUUUUAAAGCAGAAAAAGCAAUUUAUUGUUGCCCGUUACGACUACUUGCUCACGAAAUUUAUCGAAGAUCACUAGAAGCGAAUGUAAAAUGCGAUCUAAUUACUGGAGAGGAACGUCUUUACGUUGAUCCCAAUGGAUUUAGUUCUCAGCAUGUUUCUUGUACAGUUGAAAUGGCAAAUAUAAAUGAACAUUACGACAUCGGUAUUAUCGAUGAGAUUCAAAUGAUCAAGGAUGACCUCAGAGGAUUCGCUUGGACCAGAGCUUUAUUAGGUCUUUGUGCCUUUGAGCUUCAUCUUUGCGGUGAUCCAUCUGGUAUAGACCUUAUAAGGAAAUUAGCUGAUUCAUGUGGUGAUGAGUUCGAGGUUCAGAGAUAUGAUCGCUUAGUUCCUUUAUCGGUGCAGAAAAACAGUUUUGACGGUAAACUUAGUAACGUGACCAAGGGAGACUGUGUUGUAGCAUUUUCUCGAAAAGAACUAUUUAAGCUAAAAUAUAGCGUAGAGAGUAAAACCGAUCAUAAAUGCGCAAUUAUUUAUGGAGGUUUGCCGUCUGUAACAAGGGCUCAUCAGGCAGACUUGUUUAAUGAUCCAAAUAAUGAUUAUAAUGUGUUGGUAGCUUCCGAUGCAAUCGGAAUGGGAUUGAAUUUAAAUAUUAAAAGAAUUAUAUUUAAUUCACUUAUGAAAUUCGAUGGAUUGGAAAUUACGAGUUUGACACCGUCGCAUGCUAGACAAGUAGCGGGCAGAGCUGGUCGUUUUCGCUCCGAUUUUAAUAUAGGAGAAAUUACGACGCUAUUCGUGGACGAUUUACCGAUCAUACAAAGACUACUAGAUACUCCUAUUGAACCAAUUCAGCGAGCUGGCCUUGGACUUACAUGGAGUGAUGUUGAAUUGUUUUCUUACUAUUUGCCAGAAGCAUCAUUUACAGAUAUUUUGGAUUUAUUCUCUAAUCUGGUUAAAGUCGGCGACAAGUUUUUCAUCUGCAGAAAUGAAGAAUUUAAAAAUGUUGCGGCGAUUGUGGACACUGUUGAAGGAUUACUCCUAAAGGAGAAAUACAUAUUCUGUUUAGCACCAAUUGAUCAUCGUAACCCAUUAAUGUCGUCCGCUGUUCUUAAGUUUGCCACUCAUGUUGGUAAACGUACAAGUAUCACUGAUGCAUCAUUGAAAGAGUUGAUACCGUAUCCAUUUAAGAUGCCGGAUGAUGAAGAAAAAUUAUUUACUUUAGAAGCUGUAUACGAUAUUCUUGAUUUAUACCUUUGGCUAAGGUUUCCUGACUACUUUGUGAAUUAUCAUGAAGUUUGUCGGCUUCAAAAAGAAUUGGAAAGCGUAAUUAGUAAAUUUUUAGCUAGCCCACGGAAGCGGAAAAUCGUAUCUAGUUCAGCAUACAGAAAUUAUCGAAGCAAUACAGUGAAGUUUCCGUUUAAAUUGUCGUCAGUUGAUGAAAGAGAAGUUGUUUCAGAUGUUAAAAAAAGACGUAGUUGA